AUGUCUGUGAAGAUACCAUCAAACAAACUCGACUCUAUUCCCUAUGUUCCAUUUAUGACUAAACCUUUGGGUGAAGCUCCUUCUUUAUUAACGUCAGAUCGUGGUGACAAAUUGGCGCAACAUAAAGUUUAUUUUGCGAGAUCAGAUAACAAUGGUCGACAAUACAAAACACUUGAGGAAGUGAUCGAAUACGUUAAACCAACUUGUUUGAUAGGUUUAUCAUCUACACAUGGUGUAUUCAACGAGAAAAUAUUAAAAAGAAUGGCUGAACUCAACAAACAACCAAUCAUAUUUCCACUAUCUAACCCUUCUAAUAAUGCUGAAUGUACAUAUGAAGAAGCUAUGAGACAUACAAAUAAUACUGUAAUAUUUGCUUCAGGUACAGCUUUUCCACAAUACGUUGAACCUGAAACUAAAAAAGUACAUUAUCCAGGUCAAGGAAAUAAUAUGUACAUAUUUCCCGGAUUAGGAUUAGGUGCCAUCCUUGCACAAGCAAAAAAAAUCACCGACAAACAAAUAUAUGCUGCAGCAUCAGCAUUAGCAAACUCGGUAUCACCUAAGGAGAAAGCAGAAGGACGACUUCUUUAUCCCGAUUUAAAACGUAUCAGACGUGUAUCAGCUGAGGUUGCAGCAGCUGUAAUUAUGGAAGCGGUAGAGGAAGGAUUAGCGUCAAACAAAGAAAUUUUAUCACCUGGUUUUCAACAUUUAUUAAAUAAUACUACAGAGUCAAAAGAAAAAUUAAUAAGCUUUGUUGAAAGCAAUAUGUGGGACACUACUGAUAAUAAAUUCUUUGAUGCUAGUCCUUUUAAAAAAAAAAAGCUUUAG